GUCACCGGGAGUGAGUGAGUGAGUGAGUGUGCGCGCUCCCCGUCUCCAAAAACAUUUACGCAUCGCAGCAGUGUUCCGCCUGCCUCUCACUCCUCACCGUCAUCUUACCACAAACAGCAGCCGGCUCUCUCCACUCCGAAGAAUCGGGAGGACAAGUUCGUGCGGAGAAGCGUCUGUCCCAAACCACCGUGCUUUGCAUGCGGUGAGCAAUUAAAGCGGGGGAGGAAGAGGAGGAGGACGGAAGUUUAUCCCCCCCUCCUGUCUCUCUGGUGGAGAGCGCAGGGCGCACCGGGACUGAAUGGUUGAGCCCAGCCCUCCAGCACUUCACAUUCACUCCAGUGGGGAUGUCAACAUGGCAGGCGUUGGUGUCAAAGUAGAACGUGAAGACUCUGGGGGAGGGGCUGCAAUGGAUACCAGCGGCGAACUUCGUAAAACGUCUCCUUCGCGUGAUUGGUCAGGAACUCAGCCCCUCGAGGCUCGCCAGUUGACCCCACCACUGUCUCGCUCCCCUUCAGAGGGAUCUCCAGGGAAGGACCUGCCUCACAGACAGAGCCCCAUGGGACUGAAGGAACCUAGGAUGCAUGAUCGAUCAGAGGGACAAUCCAACUUGAAAGAAGUGAUGCCUACCAUUGAGAAGCUGCUGAAUGCUGACUGGAAGGACAAACUCCUGGAUAAAAGCACAGUGGGGUCAGGACAGCUGAAAGGUACCCCCGAAUCUCUGGCAGAGAAGGAGCUCCAGCUGUUGAUGAUGAUCAACCAGCUGAGUGGUCUGAGGGAGCAGCUCCUGGGAGCCCACUCUGAGCAGAGAAACAUGGCCGCCCUGUUGCUGGAGAAACAGCAGCAGCAGAUGGAGCUGGCUCGGCAACAGCAAGAACAGAUCGCCAAGCAGCAGCAGCAGCUCAUCCAGCAGCAGCACAAGAUCAACCUGCUUCAGCAGCAGAUCCAGCAGGUGAACAUGCCCUACGUGAUGAUUCCAGCUUUCCACCCCACCACCCAACCCCUCCAGGUCAACUCUGACCCCCAGAUGACCUUGCCACUGCAACCGAUCCCCUGCAAGCCGACUAUGGACUACUCCAUGCAGCUACUGUCAAACACUCACCCCACCCCCGUGAAGAGAAGCAGUGGUUCCCUCCGACAGGAAGCAAGUCAGCCCUUGAACCUGACCUCCAAGCCCAAGGGUCUGGAGCUGGGGAAGACACCCAGUCCACAGAGCCUGGAGCUGGGAUCACUGGCGCUGCAGGGGGCAUACAGACCCAGAGAUCUCCAGAGAGAGAUCUCCCACAGUCCACCACGAUCUGCGCUCAGUUUCCUGGGAGACGGCGACGUGGUCACCCAGGCUAUCCACGAUGCCCAGCAGCUCCUGAGGAGCCACGGCAGUGCGGGGCGGGAGAGGGACCGGGAGAGAGAAGUUGGUGGAAAGCCGGAUUUUAAGGUUUCUCCUCGCAAUGAGAGGAUGUCUCAGAGUGAGAGAGGUGAGAACAGACAUGGCCUGCCGUCCACUGAGGACCACCUCAGCAGUGAUUCUGAGGGUACCCUGAACGUUUCGGUCCCAGGCGGCUACGCUGAGGCACGGCCGCCUCCCUCCUCAGGCCACAUAAAGAGACCCAUGAAUGCCUUUAUGGUGUGGGCCAAGGACGAGCGCAGGAGGAUCCUGCAAACUUACCCUGACAUGCACAACUCCUCCAUCAGCAAGAUCCUGGGCUCGCGGUGGAAAGCCAUGUCUAACCAGGAGAAGCAGCCUUACUACGAAGAGCAGGCGAGGCUGAGCAGGCAGCAUCUGGAGCGCUACCCCGAUUACAAAUACAAACCCCGACCCAAACGGACCUGCAUAGUGGAGGGACGGCGGCUGCGGGUGGGCGAGUACAAGGCCAUGAUGAAGAGCCGCCGGCAGGAACAGAGAGGGACCUACGGGCACAGUCAAACGGAGCCACAGCAGAUCCAUUACCCCCACAGUGAUGGCCAGUACCCGGGGGGUAGCAGCUCGGUCUCUGUCGCUACCAUGCCUUUUCACCCCGCGCUACUGGAGCAUUACCUGCCGCAAGUCCCGCCCAUCCCUCGCAGAGCUGAGGGACAGACCACACCCACCUCUCUGCCUAGGGAGAGAGAGCGGGAACGCAAGAGGGAGCGACCGCCAUACAGCGAAGGAGAGGAAAGUGAUGGGGGAGAGAGGAGUGAGGGGGAACUGGUGCUCCUAACGGACUAAAGAAAGGCAACUGGUAGAGGAGCCAGGAAAAGGAAAAUUAAAGAUGAGGGAUAGGAUGAGAGGGGAGGGUAGCUGAGGUGGGCGGGUUGCUCUUUGAUGAAUGACAGUCAGAGAGGAGGAAUGGAGGAUGAACUAAAGAAAUGGUGAGGGAGUGUGUGAAUGGGGGAAUAAAAAAGUAAAUGUCAUACUCACCCCGUUGUAAAUUAGCCUAUUCUCCAGUAAAACCUCGCCUACACAAACACAUAAAGGCAAGCUUUUAUCAUUUCCCGUUACACGUAUCAUGUCAUCACAUGCUUUGUGUCAAAACUUUGGAGUUAUAUUUAUGAAGGUUUAACAUUUAAUCCCUUCUGCUUCUUGUUUUCUCCCCAUGUUGACUUAUGGCAAACAAAAUGCCCCCACAGGGACUGGAAUUAAAGCAGAUUGAUUAAAAGUUCAGCAGAGUACCUGUUUCCUCCUGUCAGACAGCUGAGGAUCAGCCACUCUGGGGUUCAGUAUGUCAGCUUUGCCACCUGCUGGAGAAGAGUGGUUAUUACUACUGUUGCCACACAUCCUAUUUAAGUUACACCACAAAUCAAACUGGAGGGAUAAAAUAAUUUGGUGAUUAAAGGUGCAUUUCAGCAGUUUUAGUACUGUGUGCUUAACGAGAUUAAAAAAAUAAUGGUCAUAUUCAGUAACAGUUGCCUCGGGCCAUAGGAUGGUUCAAGACGGAAAAAAAUAUAUCCUAUAUGCACACUGCCACUUAAAUGUGCGUGCGUUUGUAACUCAGGCUUUAUGUUAGAAAUGUUCAGUCUUUAAGCUCAUCACUGCACACAAAUGUGAGGCACUAAAAGUAAAGGGUAAACAGCCUGCAGGGGGCUGAAACAGCAGGUAGGGCAGCAGCAGUAUUAACAUGUCAGGGGGAGAGAUUCAGUCAUCUGGCCAGCAGACGCUGCUGCUACCUUCCCUGAGUCUGUGCAGUGAGCGUUGAGAGUGCUAACUCUCUCUCUCUGACUUAGUCUAGCUAACGACAAAAAGCACAGAUUGUGUUUGGCACACUCUUAUUCUGCAUUUGCACCAGUUGGAGAGUUAGCAUUAAAGGUUUAUCUCAACAAUCCUUCUCCCCAAAUUUGCAUGAUCCAUGUUCAGUCUGAGCUAUCAGCCUUUCUACACAUCCAAUUGGCAGUUGUUGCCGAUCUACAAGUCACUUUGCAACUCACCUUUCCACAGGAUUCUCCUUAUAUACUGAAUCUGAACUAAUCCAUUGUCAUGUCUGCCGCUCUGUUGUGCACAGGGCCCUCCCAUCUCUGGCUUUCUAUGUAUGGAGUGGAAGGGCAUCCCAGAAUAGUGACAUGCCAUAUAUAAAUAUAUAUACGACAAUCUUUUCUGUGUAUAGAUUUAUAUAGCACCAGCCAAAAGCAAAGCUAGCUUUGAGCUGAUAAAGCAGGACUUCAUUCAGGGUAGUUCAGGACGUGCUUUUUUCAAAAGUCUUUUUCUGGUCGGACAGGCCUUGUUGCCCAAAAGUAACGUACAAUUAAUCAACACUGCAACCUCACCAUCAUCCUCCCACAUCUCACUGUUAGUUUGAGCCAUGCUGCUGUCAUCGUGUGUCCAUCAGUGCCCUCUCCACAGCAUGGUGGGUUAACUUCAGCCUAUCCUAUUUUUUUAUACCUCUGUUUGCUUCUUUGCAUGUUUACUGGAUGUCGUGUUGAACACCUCGUAUCUGUGUAUCCAAAUGUCUGCUGUGUUUUUCUUCUGAGAUGCAGCCUCUCGCAGCAUUAUUAUUAUUAUUAUCAUUAUUAUCACUAUGCUUUUUUUUAAUCUUUAAAAAUGUUUGUCAAUUUCAUCUAAAAAGGCUAAAGUAUUCCUUUCAUCAUCUUUUACGUUCCUGUUCCUGUAACAGAGAGGCAGAUCAUCCCCAAAACUGUGAGGCUGUGUCCCUAAUCACUGCUUCUCUCCUGCCUUAGAUCUGUUAUACACAGCAGUCAGCAGCAGGUUUUUGGACAACUGACCUUCAUUUUGCAUUGUUGAGUAGUGCAAUGCCAUUUAACACACACUCAUACACAUAUGUGUGUGUGUGUGUGUGAUGUAAACUGAGAGUGCAGUAUAGAGUAAUUAGGGAGUGGUUUUGGACACAGCCUGUGCCUCAGAUUGGAGAGAGAGCUGUUGUUUAUUGGUACAAAACCCCCAUUUCCUUAUGAUGGGAACAAAUGUUUAUCUAUAAAAAUUUAUAUAUAAUAUUACCCAAAGCAAAAGGAAGGUAGAUUUAGCAAUGAGAACUCCAGACACCAUAAUCAUCCCUGCGUCCUUAGUAACAUUUACUCCUCGUAAGCACUUACUAGUGUGUAUUCUUUAGCAAGUUUAACAUGCUGAAAAAGCAAAACUAGGUUUUUUGCAGUUAGUCUGCAUGUAAAAGAUGGACUGGGACUUUACCCAUUUGUUUUGCACUUGUGACUGAUGCCAUGUUAUUUCUUUUAAAUUAGUAAUUAGCUAAUGCUGGCAAGCUUGGCUAGCAAGUUACAAAUAUGGACAGGUGUAACUGACUGCUUAACACUGCCAAUUAGGUUUUUUUAGGCAACCCCCCCCCCAAAAAAAAACAAAAAAACAAAAAACAAAAAACAAAAAACAAUGCCAAUUCGUGCAGAAGACAAAAAAAUACUAGGAACACUCACCAAAAUGGAAGGACAGACUUCCACAUGUCAGGCUGUACCAUAGAUCACAUCUAUGGUAUACCAUUUGUUAUAUACUUAAGUUAAAAGGAUAAAAGAAACAAACAUGGUUUAGUGAGGGAGUGUGUGAAUGGGGGAAUGAAAAAGUAAAUGUCAUACUCACCCCGUUGUAAAUUAGCCUAUUCUCCAGUAAAACCUCGCCUACACAAACGCAUAAAGGCAAGCUUUUAUCAUUUCCCGUUACGCGUAUCAUGUCAUCACAUGCUUUGUGUCAAAACUUUGAAUUAAGUGGCUUCAUGUCAAUCAGUGUGGCCAUACCCCAAACUUAUUUCCUUUGUAAUGCUAGUAAUUUGGGUCUUUUAAUGUGAAAGCAUGUGGACUGACUUGCUUUUGGAGAAAUGCUAACAGUAGCAGCUUUGCAUACUCCCUCUAUUCCUAAAUCAACAGACUGAAGACAAAUCUGUCUUUUUUUUUUUUUUUUAAUACCUUAUACCAGCGGUCUCCAACCUUUUUUGCGCCACGGACCGGUUUA